GGCGUUUUGGAAUUCGAAACCCCAGAAGAAGAAAAAAAAACAGACUCCAUCCAGAGGAAAAAAAAGGCGAAACUGAAGGGAGAGGACAACGCUGAACACUCUUUUCUCUUCCUCAAUCCCGCAUUGCACUUCAAAAUCGAUUUCUCGUAGAAAUGCCGUCGGAAGAUUUGAAACCGGUAAAAAAACACGACGACGACGAUGACACCAUUUCCACUUUCAAGAAGGGCACAAACUCCAACGCUAAAUCUCACUCCAAGCUUUCAAAACUCAAGAAAGAACCCAAAGAAGAACCUGAACCCGUUCCUAAUUCUACUUCAGCUUCUCGCUCUAAGAAUACUCAAGUUAAGAAGGAACUCAACGACUACGAUUCCGACGAAGACGACGAUGAUAAACCUAUCGCCAGAAAGAUCUCUAACACCAAGGCGGUGAAGGAAGUGAAAAAGAAGAAGAAGGUGAAGAAGGAGGAGAAAGUGGUUGUUACGGAGACGAAAGUGAGGAAAGCGAAGAAGGUUUAUGAUUUACCUGGCCAGAAACGAGAUCCACCUGAAGAGAGAGAUCCUCUUAGGGUUUUCUAUGAAACUCUACAUGAGCAAAUUCCCACUAGCGAAAUGUCACAAAUCUGGUUAAUGGAAUCGGGUUUACUUCCUAAAGAGGUGGCAAAGAAAGUAUUGGAGAAGAAGCAAAAGAAAACUCUUCAACCGAAGGUCUCUUCUCCUGUCAAGUCUGCAUCUUCUGUGAAGAAGAAAAGCACCAAAUCUGUUACAACAACAACAACAAAAACAACCAAAUCGGUUACAGUUAAGAAGAAAAGCUCAACUACCCCCAAUUCUUCCGGUAAAAAGGAGACAACAAACUCUGAAUCGAAACCGAUCAAGAAGCGCAAAUCUGAUAGUAUAAGCUCUGAGGAUGAUGACUCCGAUUUUGACAUUGGUUCAGCAACAACAAAGAGGAGAAAAGUGGCUUAAUUAUGACAAAUGUUUUACAUUUUUUUUCUCCUGGCAUUUGUUGCUGCUGACACAGAACUUGUAAGGGGUGCAUGAGGCCAUAAUGUUAUUCAACUUUCAAAGAGAUUGCAUGUUUAGAGUUUAGUUUUCAGCUUUGUGCUUGUGAAGUCUGCUGUAGACCUUUGAAUCGUUAAUCAUGCAAACAAUUCACCCUAUUUCAAAAAGAAAAAAAAAGAAUCAUGUGGAACUUAGCUAGAUGAAUCUGUUGUAAAAUUUUAUUUAUCCAACUUUAAUCCUUUUCCCUUGC